AUGGGGAAGGAACCUUUUCAUGAGAUUGUCACAAAUACUUUUCCAACAUUCCUGAAGAGAGCGCAACCGACGUUCUCGCCAGUCGUCUCAACAACUAUCGCCGAUGAUCCUUACAUGACCAGCGGAGGAUUGGCUUAUGGAAUCCUGUGUACCAUGUCACUGUUCCUGAUGAUAAUUCUGGCCAUCAUCUAUGGUCGACUGGCUCGCAACCGAGUGUUCGUCUACUUCUGUCUGUCCUUGAUCAUGUUAUACAUACCACACAUACUCGGGGCAUGGAUCUACGGGGCGAAUUUGAAUCGGGCACCCACGGCGGUAUGUUGGGUUCAAGCAUUAUGGAUAAAUGCAUCGGGAAUUUCUGCGGGAAUCACGGUGUUGAUAUAUGCAUACGAGAUAUACCGAAAUAUUGUAAAACAACGUGUGACCGAGGGAGAGUGGAAACGACGGAAAUAUUAUUUGACGAUGUCGGUGGUAUUCCCGGUGUUGGUGGGCAUCGUGCCACCGCUUUUGAUCGCCGACAAGCCAGAUGGAAUUGUGGUGGCGAACCUAUUCUUCGCUCGCAAAGGUUUCGAUCCUAACAAAUCCACCACACCACGAACCGCACGGGACUUCGAUCUUGAAGCGAGCACGCCACCAUCAAACGGAUCUUCGGUGACCAUGUCCCAUGAGGAAUCUGUAGUUUACGAAGAUCUUAGCUCAGGUUCAUUCACCAGAAGGGUCGUCGGAAGAAUACCAAUUUACAUAUGCUUGCGAUUGGUCCUAUUCCUCGUCACGUAUUGCGCGAUGAUCGUGCUGCUAUACGGUCGAUCCUUGGUGGUUAAUCUCAAACAAGACGAGCUGAGUGUAAAAGAACCAAAAUAUAUAGAAUACAUUGUGGCAUCGUUGGGCAUAAUAAUAUUUUUGAUAUUUGGUACAUCGUUGGAAGCAUGCGCAGCGUAUUUGCGAUUUUUAAAGGUGAUAUUUAAUUUUAAUUGGUUAAAGAGGUGUUUUGGAAGGGAUGAUAGUUUUGGGGAUUGGGAAGUUACACGGAAGAAGCGGGAGGUGACGGACACGCCGGAGCCGACUUUUAUUAGUCGAGGGGCAACACCGACGAAAUUUGCGACUAGGGAGGUUAUCAUGAAGGCCGAGGAGGAUAAGAAAAAUCAACCAUUACGGGGUGAUGACUAUUUAACAAUAAUUCGACAAAUUCCCCCAGUUCUUUAA